GUCACAAAUCGAAAAGCACCAACAAUAAAAAAAUGCAACAAAUCAAGCCAUUGCUCGUCGUAUUCCUAUUCAUGGCGACCAAGUGUCCCAAUUCAUCAUCGCAGAAUCUUCAUGAGCCCAACUCACAGCUCGACCCGGAUCCAGAGUUUUUGGGCACCAUCAACAAUGUCACAUAUCCAGCGGGACGGGAGGCAAUAUUGGCGUGUUCAGUGCGGAAUUUGGGUAAAAAUAAGGUCGGCUGGUUACGUGCUUCUGAUCAAACUGUGCUAGCACUCCAGGGCCGCGUUGUUACACACAAUGCUCGGAUCAGCGUAAUACACGAAGAUGCGCAUACCUGGAAACUGAAGAUCAGCAAAUUGCGCGAAAGUGAUCGGGGCUGUUAUAUGUGCCAAAUUAAUACGAGUCCCAUGAAGAAGCAAAUCGGUUGCAUCGAUGUUCAAGUUCCCCCUGACAUCAUCAACGAGGAAUCGUCUGCCGAUUUGGCAGUGCAAGAGGGUGAGGAUGCCACAUUGACCUGCAAAGCGACUGGUAAUCCAAUGCCGCGCGUCAUCUGGCGUCGAGAAGAUGGUGAAAUGAUUUUAAUACGCAAGUCGGGAAGUCGUGAACUGAUGAAAGUGGAAUCCUAUAGUGGCUCCUCAUUGAAGUUGAUUCGUUUGGAGCGUCGACAGAUGGGCGCUUAUCUGUGCAUUGCAUCGAAUGAUGUGCCACCGGCAGUUAGCAAAAGAGUUUCGCUCAGUGUACAAUUUGCUCCUAUGGUUCGAGCUCCUAGUCAAUUGCUGGGCACUCCACUCGGUUCGGAUGUACAACUGGAAUGUCACGUCGAAGCAUCGCCCUCGCCGGUGUCCUAUUGGUUGAAGGGGGCACGCACCUCCAGCGGCUUUGCUAGCAUCUCCAGCUCGAAUUUGGAAUCAGGACAGCCGGGACCAGAAAUGCUUUUAGAUGGUCCCAAAUAUGGCAUAACGGAAAAACGUGACGGCUAUCGCGGCGUCAUGCUGCUAAUCGUGCGCUCAUUCUCUCCCUCUGAUGUUGGCACAUACCACUGUGUGAGCACGAAUUCGCUGGGCCGUGCUGAGGGCACCCUAAGACUAUACGAAAUCAAACUACAUCCAGGUGCUGCUUCCAUAAAUGACGAUCACCUGAAUUUUAUAAGUGGUAUUGAGGAAGCGGCGCGUGGUUGCGUGCAUUUCCAUUCGCUGACCAUAUUUCUGAAGAUCCAUUUGGCGUUCUACAUUGUCAAGUUACUAUUGUCAACCGUAACCACCGUGGAAGCAGAGUGCCGGCGGGCGUAG